AUGAUCUUUAAAUACAUCCAAAAGCCGAGCCUGGAAGCUCUCCUUGGCUCUCGAGAUUCUCUCAUCUACUUCAACAGAUGCAUUGCCCAAAUGGGAUGGAGGCCGCCGCCAAGAACCACCAAAAACUGGUGGCUGUAUUACCUUUGGACCCUCGCAGUUUUCUUUUUCGUCUUCAUUUUUGUUCCCAAUGGACUGGUAAUGACCGGGAUAAAGGAGUUCAAGGACUUUACCACCACGGACCUCUUUACGUACGUUCAAGUUCCGGUCAACACCAAUACCUGCAUUAUGAAGGGCAUUAUCGUGUUCUUUAUGCGGGCCAGAUUCGUCAAGGCCCAGAAAAUGAUGGAUGCCAUGGACAGGCGCUGCAUCAAGAUAGAGGAAAAGAACCAGGUGCAUCGGGCGGCGGCCCUGUGCAACCGCGUGGUUAUCAUCUACCACGGAAUUUAUUUCGGGUACCUAUCCCUUGCGGUAAUCGGAGCACUGGUCAUACGGAAGUCCCCGUUUUGCGUGUACAAUCCUCUGGUUAACGCCAACGACCACUUCUAUGUGGCCAUUACGAUUGAGGCUGUCACCGUGGGGGGCGUAAUAAUGGCAAACCUUAUCCUGGACGUAUAUCCGAUCAUUUACGUGGUCGUCUUGAGGACCCACAUGGGACUACUGACUCAGAGAAUCAAGGAGCUCAGAUCGGAUGUGGAUAAGGGAGAGGAUCAGCACUUGAAAGAGUUGGUGGAGUGUGUGAAGGAUCACAAGCUGAUUGUUGAGUACGGAAAUGCCCUGCGACCCAUGAUUUCGGCCACAAUGUUCAUUCAGCUGCUAUCCGUGGGACUCCUCCUGGGCUUGGCGGCGUUGUCCAUGCAGUUCUAUAACACCGCCAUUGAGCGAUUUGUAUCGGGAGCCUACACUAUAGCCAUCUUAUCCCAGACCUUUCCCUUUUGCUAUGUCUGCGAGCAGCUGAGCAGCGACUGCGACUCCCUGACCAACACAUUAUUCCACUCCCAGUGGCUUGGGACAGAACGACGAUAUAAAACCACGAUGCUGUACUUUAUACAAAAUGCCCAGCAGUCGAUCCUGUUCACGGCCGGCGGCAUAUUCCCCAUUUGCUUGAACACCAACAUAAAGAUGGCCAAGUUUGCUUUCUCAGUAGUAACCAUUGUGAACAAAAUGGAUUUGGCAGAGAAAUUUCGACGAGAGUAG